AUGUCCAACGAGUCCCACCGUCAAGGACAGCUUCCACCGCCACCGUGGACCGCCGGCCAACCUGACUACCCUCAAUAUCCUGCUGCGCCCACUCAACCGCCGCCUCCCUACACUCAGUACCCCCCGCCGCUUCCUCCACCUGGCAUGGCCACGGUUCAGCAUCACGUCCAGCACCCCCCGCCGGAUGCCUACCGUCUCUCCCAUCCGCCUCCAUACCCGCAUCCACCAGAAAUGUACGCUCCUCCUGCUGCUCCUCCAGCGCCGCCCGUCGUAUAUCCCACCGCUGCUCCACGACAACGGACCGCGAUAGCUUGUCGGUAUUGUCGUAGACGGAAGACACAGGCUUUUGUCCCCGCCCACACUGCCUACCCACAUCUUCGUAAUAUUCAGGCGACGGCACGAAUGCAAGGGAUACCGGCAGGUGGUGUAAUGCUCUAUGGUGCCCAUGGCCAACCAUUGUCGACUGCUCCGGCGCCACCUCCCCAUGGGCAGGAAAAUGCCUUGCCUCCGGUGAUGAUGUACCAGCAGCCGCAACCACCAUACGGGAAACCAGUAUCAGGACCGCCAGGGCCACCAGCCUCAACGCCAUCAAUGGCCCAUCCGCCAAUGGUUCAUGAUCCUCGAGCACCGCAAGGACAACGUGACUCAGGUCCUGGUUACGACUAUUCUGAGCCCCCAACUCUUCCCCCGGUCUCUGUUGCAACCUCCGGCGCCGCUUACCUCCCCGCUGGCCAGGAUACGAGAAGAUUGUCGUCACACUCAUCAUACUCGUUUGAUCAGUCCCACAAUCCACCACCCGGCGCUAAUCCCUCGGCUCCCACUCUCCCUUACCCAACCCUACAGCCGCUCCCGCAGCCUUCGACCGAGUCGCGACAAACUCCACCUCCCGGGCAGGCCUCUGCAGCUAGGCGCAGCGGCCUCAGUGUAACGGACAUGUUAGUCCCGGCAGAAAAUACGCGCAGCGAUACCGAUAACCGCAUGGUCAGCGCGCUGGAUAGACGAGGGCUGGGACGAUAG